CAGCAGGAUAAUACCUUGGAUUAGAGCAGAGAAGACGAUCAUACGUACAUUUAGAAAUGUAAUAUUAGAAAAAGAAAAACACUGACGCAAAUAUAAUCAAUGAAAUAACCAAUAGCGAAACAGAGUUAUGUCGCCAGUGUGUAGCCUAUGGCAAUCCGUCUCUGUAUCCUAGCAACAACCGAUGUGUUGUUCAUUAGCAUAGUUAGCGAGCUCUAGCUGCUGUUGGGCUACAUACGCGGUUUUUCAGGAUAUUUCUAUUCAAUACGGCUAUUAACUGGCUCUCUAUUUCUGCAAACAAACUGAUCUGUUAACCAGAUGGAGAACGUGCAUCUUGUCCCAGAGGAAGAGGAGGAUGAUUUGUACACUGGCUACAAUGAUUACAAUCCGACUUUUGACGGAGAGGACCUUCACAAUGAUGAGGGCUUUCAGCAGGCAGUCAGGACUAGUCAUGGCAGAAGACCACCAAUGACCGCAAAAUAUCCUGGCACUGCGAUUGGAGUGCGACCGCUUGGAACAGCUUAUGGGUCUCGGAUGCCUGUUGGCACUGCUAUGGGAAGGCCUAUGACUGGAGCUGUUCAGGAUGGUGCAGCUCGUCCCAUGACUGCUGUGCGAGCAGCAGGAUAUUCGUCAUCUAUAGCUAGAGGCUCGGUGUUUGAUCCACUGGGACAAUCAAAAGGACCGGCCCCUCCUUUAGAAACAAGGAAUGAAGACACUCCAGAGGAGAAGAUAAAGAUCCUCGAAAAGAAGGUGAAUGACUUGAUAGAGGAGAGCUGUCUCGCUCAUGCUCGUGGGGAUCUUCAGCUGUCUUUAGAGAAAGCCAAGGAGGCUGGCAGGAAGGAAAGGGCUUUGGUGAGACAGAGAGAACAAACAGGCACUGCAGACCACAUCAAUCUGGAUCUGACCUACUCCGUGUUGUUUAAUUUAGCAAACCAAUAUGCCAAUAAUGACAUGUACACCGAGGCCUUGAACACUUACCAAGUCAUUGUGAAGAACAAAAUGUUUAGUAAUGCCGGACGACUGAAAGUGAACAUGGCCAAUAUCUAUUUCAAGCAAAAGAACUACACAAAGGCAAUCAAAUUUUACCGCAUGGCUUUGGAUCAGAUCUCAAAUGCCCACAGUGCAAUGAGGAUCAAGAUCAUGCAGAACAUCGGAGUUGUGUUCAUACAUAUGGGCCAGUACUCCGAUGCCAUCACAUCCUUUGAGUACAUCAUGAGUGAGAGCCCCAACAUAAAGACAGGCUUCAAUCUCAUCCUAUGUUACUAUGCCAUUGGAGACCGUGAGAGGAUGAAAAAAGCUUUUCAGAAACUCAUUUGUGUGCCUCUCGGUACUGAUGAUGAUGACAAGUAUAUUCCUCCAAAUGAUGACCCUCAUGGAAACAUGGUGAUUGAGGCUAUAAAGAACGAUAAGCUUCACCAAAUGGAAAGGGAGAGGAAAGCACUAGCAGAAAAAUACAUUAUGACCUCAGCCAAGCUUAUCGCUCCAGCCAUUGAGUCGUCAUUUGCAGCUGGGUUUGACUGGUGUGUGGACAUGGUGAAAGGUUCACAAUACGUGGAGCUUGCCAAUGACUUGGAGAUCAAUAAAGCUAUUACAUACUUAAGACAGAGGGACUUCAGACAGGCUGUUGAGACACUAAAGAUGUUUGAGAAGAAGGACAGUCGAGUAAAAAGCGCUGCUGCCACUAAUCUUUCUUUUCUGUACUUUUUGGAAAAGGAUUAUGAUCAGGCUGACCGCUAUGCUGAACUUGCCAUGAGUGCUGACCGCUACAACCCCGCUGCCCUCGUAAACAAAGGCAACACAGAAUUUGUGAAGGAGGACUAUGAGAAAGCAGCAGAGUUUUAUAAGGAGGCUCUUCAUAAUGACUCAUCCUGCACUGAAGCUCUCUAUAACUUAGGUUUGAGCUAUAAGAGGCUGGGUAGACUGGAGGAAGCCCUGGACUGCUUCCUCAAACUGCACGCUAUCCUCAGAAACAGUGCUCAGGUCAUGUACCAGCUGGCUAAUCUAUAUGAGAUGUUGGAGGACCCUCAUCAGGCCAUUGAAUGGCUGAUGCAGCUCACAAGUGUGACCCCCACAGAUGCUCAGGUGUUGGCAAAACUGGGAGACCUUUAUGAUAAUGAAGGAGACAAGUCUCAGGCCUUCCAGUACUAUUAUGAGUCAUAUAGGUAUUUUCCCUCAAACAUUAGUGUCAUUGAAUGGCUGGGAGCAUAUUACAUUGACACCCAGUUCUGUGAAAAAGCUAUUCAGUACUUUGAGAGAGCUACCCUCAUUCAACCGACACAGGUGAAGUGGCAGCUGAUGGUGGCUAGCUGUUACAGGAGAAGUGGGAAUUAUCAGAAGGCACUUGAGACCUACAAGGACAUUCAUCGGAAAUUUCCUGAAAAUGUUGAAUGUCUACGCUUCCUAGUCAGGCUGUGCACAGAUAUGGGACUAAAAGAGGUGCAGGAUUAUGCCACCAAACUCAAGAAAGUUGAAAAAAUGAAGGAGAUCAGAGAGCAGAGGGUGAGAUCUGGCAGGGACAGCAGUGCUCGAGGCCGCAGGGAAGGCAGUGCUGGCAGUGGAAAUACUUCACAUCUUACACGCACUCUCCCUAAGAAACCCAGUGAUGUGGAAGUCUUGUUAGGUGAUGUCCAGUUAUCAGGUUCAGGCAGUGCCGGGUUCAAAGGUCAUGUAGCACACUCAUUUUUUAAACAAGUGACUGUUUUCCGCCUCUUACUGCAUCUCACUGCUCUCUUCUUCCAACACUUUUUUUUCACGUCUUCUGAAACAUUAGGAUGCGACUCAAACCCCAAGAAGCCCAGUGGGAGCAGCUCAAGCCCCAUCAAUACCCCUCCUCUGAGAGCCAGUGUUUCUCGCUCAGAAGCUAAGUAUAGUCCUGUGCUGGAGCAGGGCAGAGACAGUGGACAGAGCAACCAUGGCACCAGUGCAAAGGGUGAGAGAAUUAGCGCUAAACUGAAAACUCUUCCAGGGUCCAAUGAGCCAUACGAGGCCAGCACUCAGCAGGAAAUAGAUGCUUCUUAUGUUGAUCCUUUGGGGCCUCAAAUGCAGAGACCAAAAACUGCAGCAAAGAAACGCACUGAGGAAGAUGAGUUUGCUGAUGAAGAGCUGGGAGAUGACUUACUGCCUGAGUGAUGUGUGCAACAGUUAUCAAUUCAGUAGAAAAUCUGAUAUAUGUCAAGGCACUACAUUUUUCUGAAUUUUAUAGUACUGUAUUUUUAGUAGUACUAAAAAUAACAGUUAUUCAUGCAGAGGUAUUUUAUAUCUCAUUUCAUUAUGGUUUACUGUAAUUUUUAAUAGUCGUGCAUCUUGUGCAUAUAUAUGUAUAAUUACAUUUUGGAAAAAAUACAGCUUAUCCAAAUUUAUUUUAAUUAUUUUGUGAAUUUAUUUGUAAAGAUAUAAACUUUUGCAUGACCUGCAUAAAGUGAAGCUAAAGACAUUGUAAGAGAAAUAUUAAAGCACAGCAUAUGACUUUAA